UUUGAGAAACCCUGAUCUGAUCCAGGGCUGUUCAAUGUUGGUCCUGGGCCAAAACACUUCUGGUUUGUGUUUCUACUUGGUAGUUUACAUUUACAUUUACAUUUAAGUCAUUUAGCAGACGCACUUAUCCAGAGCGACUUACAAAUUGGUGCAUUCACCUUAUGACAUCCAGUGGAACAGCCACUUUACAAUAAUAGUAGUUAAUCGCCCUCGCCUGGUGUCUCAGGUCUGAAUUAAUCCCUUAUUUGAAGAAGAAGAACCAGAAGUGUUUCGGCCCUCCAGUACCGAUAUUGAACAGUCCUAGUCCAAUUAUUGCACAAUUCCACUAUUUGGAUCCGUUUGUUUGACUUUUAUUUUGAAGGCUAUUCAACGAUUGUUGCUCGCCGCUAAUGCUGCUCAUGUCACACGGGCGACAAGAAGAAUAGCGUCGCAGUAGCUCCAAACGUUGUCAACAAGUAUGCCAAAUCUACCACGCCGAGCAAGAUCUGUCUGCUGAUGAAUUAAGGUAUAUUGAUACCUUCUGUGAUAUUGUACAAUUUUUUUUUAUGCGAAGAUAUUGCUACGUAAUGGUUAUUUCAGUUUUUGUAGCGAGGGGAAAAGUCAACUCGAUGUUGUUGUGCUACAAUGGCUAGCGCGUUAACGUUAGUUAGGUAACGUAACUGCCAGUGUUCGUGUUAGCUGCCUGCCCCAGUUGGCGCAAAAGGCGUAACUAGCUAAAUCGUUUACGGUAAACAACUGGUUUGCAUGGCUAGCUACAGUAGUGUCUGUUUUGCUGACAAAUCCGGAAUUGGGCUGUCUGCUCGGACAGAGUAACAGUAGUGGAGUUUGUGCACUAACUCUGCUGUGGCUCGUUGGUCCAAGCCAGUGAUUUAUAUAUUGGUCAAAGCCUAUGGGGACAUUUUGUGCUCGUUUAGAUUUCAUCAGUGUUUUAAACAUUGGCUAAAGGUAGUGUGAACUGACUGGUUGUGUCAUAGAAAAAACCGUAUAACAUCUACUCAACCUGUGUUACCCUCAGAACCUUUUAUUUUCUGCUUUAUCCCAAAAAAUAGUUUUUAUUUUUACUUCCCCUGCGCUGCACCAGCAAGCCAUGGGGUUAUUUUCAUUUUCAUUUUAGGAUAUUCUAUAGGAUUCUAUAUUCAUUCUAUAGAUACAUCAGUCUUGGAUGCUCUAAUACUAGCUUUUGAUCUGUUAUCUUAGUAGCUAACAAGCUAGUCCGAGUGGUUGUGUUGAUGUGGGCACUUUUUUUGUUUUAGUUUUUUUGUCAUAGAUUGAACCAGAAUCUGGCUUUACAGGAGAAGUUGAAUAUCCAAGGCCAUAUUCUGGUCCAGUCAUAGAGGUUCUACUACCCAGCACAGCUUUGUUAAUCCACUAAAUCUAUGCCUACAUUUAUGCCUGUUUUACCAUUAAGUUCCUGGUUUUCCAGCUUGAUUGCGCCUGCAAUUGUCCUUGUUUGUGCCUGUGUCAACUAUGGAGACAACUCAAGUGACUUUGGCAGUUAGGGGAGACACAUCCCCAGGUAAGACCAACCCCUACUGCAGGGCAGCAGACUCAUCUGAAACAAGAAGACUAUUCAAUUCAAGACAACUUUAGACAGAAAGAUUGACAACGAUCCAGACAGUCAGGAAUGUCAGCUUUUAGUUCAUCUCAGUUAGCUGACCCGGAACUAGAAUCUUGAGUAAUUUGGUCAGAUUCUCGAUUUACGUAGUUUGUCCACGAGAGUUUAGCUGAAACGCACUUGAUCAUUAGAGCCUGAUGAGAGCGAGAGAAAGAGUGUGUGUGUGGUGAAUGUAUACAGUUCUGACUUGUUUAAUUGAACGUAAUAAUAUGGUGUAUGACUAGGUGAGGUGAUAGCUGUGGUUGGUAGCUGUGAAGCUUUAGGAGGCUGGUGCCAUCAAAGAGCUGUGACCCUACAACCGGUUGAACACGAUGGCACAUUGUGGAAGAGGACCGUCAGUGUGCCCAGAGGUGCUGUGCCAACCUAUCGUUACUUCAAAGGCCACUUCCUGGAGUCAAAGAUUUCAACCAAUAGUGGCUUGCUAAUACCUUUGAGACCAAAGUGAACAUUGACUGUAUUUGAAUCGCACCUUGAUAUUGACGAUGGUCAAUUUGGAUUCCACAACGGCUCAGUGUGUAUGGACUCUGGGUGGCUGACGUGCCAGACAGAGAUCCGUCUGCGUCUGCACUUCUCCAAGAUGUCUCCCGUAUCCAUCACCAAGAAGAAAUACAAGAAGUCUCGCUUCAGGAUCAAGCUGACGCUUGAGGGUGUGGAGGAGGAGGAUGAUGAAGAUGAAGAGGUGGAGCAGAGUGCAGCGUCAUGGCACAAGAUGACCACCACGCUGGAGACCAGUAUGAUCAGUGGAGAUGGGUACAAGUCCCGCCACUCCCAGCCUGAGUGUGGUUACGCCCUGGAGGCCUCACAGUGGACAGAGUACAUCAUCCACUCCAUGGACCCCGACAACCUAGAACUCACCUUUGACUUCUUUGAGGAAGACAUGGGCAAGCACGUGAUGCCAGGGGAUGCCCACCCAGGGACGGCGGGUACGGCCUGCCUCCUCUCCUCAUUCUUCGUGGAGAGUGGCAAGGACACUGGCGUGGUCACUCUGCCCAUCAUGAAAGGCAACUCCAGACAGACCCUGGGCAAAGUUAGAGUGGACUACCUGGUGAUCCGUCCUAUCGAGGGACUGCAGUGUGACAUGAGCUCCUCCUUCACCAAGUACUGGAGGAAGAGGAGUACCCCCCUGGACGUUGGCCACAGAGGGGCGGGGAGCACACACGCAGCCAAACAUACCAAAGUCAGGGAGAACACCAUUGCUUCGUUCAAAAGUGCUGCCAAUCAUGGGGCUGCCUAUGUGGAGUUUGAUGUCCAUCUCUCCAAGGACUGUGUCCCCAUCGUGUACCACGAUCUCACCUGUUGCAUCUCUACUAAGAAGAAGGGAGACAAGCACUCUUUGGAGAUGUUUGAAGUGCCGGUCAAAGAUCUCACAUACGACCAGCUACAGCAGCUCAAGCUGGGCCAUGCUUCUGCCUUGAAGGUGAACGACCACAAAGAUGACGACGACGAGGAAGAGGUUGACGAACACCAGCCCUUCCCUUCAUUCUCGCAGAUCUUCCAUGCAGUGCCUGAAAAUGUGGGCUUCAACAUCGAGCUGAAGUGGAUUUGUCAGAUGAAGGAUGGUUCGUGGGAAGGAAACCUGUCCUCGUACUUCAACAUGAACCUGUUCCUGGACAUCAUACUGAGCUGUGUGCUGCAGAGAGCCGGCAAGAGACGCGUCGUCUUCUCCUGCUUCGACCCCGACGUCUGCACCAUGGUUCGUCAGAAGCAGAACAAGUACCCCAUCUUGUUCCUGACCCAGGGCAUCUCUGAGACCUAUCCUGAGCUCAUGGACAUCCGCUGCAGGACCACACAGAUCGCCAUGAGCUUUGCGCAGAGCGAAAACAUCCUGGGUAUCAGUGCCCACACAGAGGAGCUGCUUCAGAACCUGGAGCACAUCCGAGAGGCUCAAUCUAAAGGCCUGGUGGUGUUCUGCUGGGGAGACCUCAACAACGACCACGACAACAGGACCAAGCUAAGGGAGCAGGGCAUCGACGGACUCAUCUAUGACAGGAUCUGUGACGACCAGGUUGAGCAGGCCAACGUCUUCAAAGUGGAGGAGCAGCACACUCUGCAGGAGACUCUGAAGAGCUUUGUGUGCUCCUGCUACUCCAUCCCCUGCCAGGCGCCUAUCUGCGCUGCCAACACCAAGGUUCACAACGGCACUGCAGAGUCCGACUCGGGCCUCAGCUCUUCCUGAGAAACUGUCUGCCUCCAAAGGUUGUCUCUACAUAAGCAUGCUAGACAGGACAGAAGUGGCAAUGAAUAUAGGCAGAAUUUAUGAGCAAGUGUACACUUUAUUUAAAAAAUUUUUUUUUUUUUUUAAAUUGGGUUACAUAGGAGCUACACUAAGACGCUGAGAAAAACGGUCAGUUUUUUUAACAUGUUACACUGGAAGAGUAACUUUUUGCCAAUGUGAACCACUUUAUCCUAAUGCAGCUCUCACACUGGAGCGCAAUCCUGAAAAUGGAACCAAGCCUCACAAAGCUGCUGUUCUUAUUUAAUGGUUUCAUUUAAAUUAGAAGCGUGUCACGUUCUGCAAGAGUUACUCGUCCGGUGUUGCUUCUACAUUAGGUGAUUUAAAAAGAAAAAAAAAGCCCUUUUGUCCUUUUGUAGCAUCGCCAGAUAUUGACAACCCCUUCCCGAACUGACAUCCACUCUGUCCACUGAAGCAAUAUUCAAGCUGUGUCCAGAUGUUUUCUCGCAGCCGUUUGUUUUAACUGGAAGGAGGAGGGUGUUUUGCCAAAAAUGGCAUCUGGUGUUUAUUACGACUUCAGUUGAAAGACUGUGGGAUAUGCACCUCAGUCGCAAUUUCACAAAGGAAUCCACAUGUCUUCACUUAGAAAUUAAUACCUACUCAAGGAAUUUAUUUUGAGCAUUUAUAUUUUAUUAUGCUGAUUUGCGAAAUACAAAUUGAAGGUAAAAUAUACUGUAUAUUAGCUUUUCCAGAUUGAUCUUUUUUUAUUGGUGACAUCUGUGUACACACAUUGUAGUUCAUGACUGAUAACAGCCCACAGUUUGCCUUCAGCUUGCUGGGUUAAUUUAACUAAGAUGUCGUUUUAUGCGGAUAAUGAUUUACCACACUAGUCUUACUUUUUUGCAUCUGCAUUAUGGUUGUCCGCAUAGAAAUAAGCUAGCAUUUUACAGUGUUAUUUUUGUUCGAUUUACUAAUCUAAUUUUGAAUGGCAGUGGCUACAAUUCAUAAUAGAUUUUCAAUAGAACAAGAGAAAUCGGGACACUGACCAACUCUCUCGCUCAGGUGAUUUUAUUUAAAAUUUGAUGUGCAUUUUAUUUUUUAUUCAAUGGUGCAUUUGAACUCGUGCAAACUGAUUUGUAUUAGGACUGCCCUGAGCUAUGCCAUUAAUGAAGUGUCAUUAUUAGAUGACCAGAUAAUGAAGUGUUGCUACGGGUGCCUAAAUCUGAACAGAUUCAUUUAAUAUUGCUUUAAUGACCUGUUUAAUACAUAUUUGUUUUGUUCUUGCUUUCGGCAUCACUUUAAAAUGUAUGGGUGAGUUGUGAGCUCAAUGUUCACCAUAAGGGAGGGGUAUAUAGGUAACCCUUUGUACUGGCUAGAUCUAAUCCACUUAAUAACUCACUCUAGCUGAUUUGAAGGGAAGUAAACGGUGUUUGCGCUACACAUCAGAAAGCCUUGCUGGGGAAGUUGUAUGAAUGAACUAGUCUGACUGCCACUUGUUUGAAUCUCGUCAUACCUCACUCUACUUAAUGCAAUAGAAGACCAAGAUUGUUUCACAUGGCACAGUUUCCCUGUCACAUUGCAACUCAUUUUUCCUACCGGAUGUAUUUUGUUUGUACAGUCUUUUUUUUUUUUUUUUAUGCACAUUGAAGAUGUAAAAGUCUAUAUUUCCUAAAUGGUGUCACGUGAUAUAGCCCUGGAAAACAUAGACUCAAGCACUGUCUGAGUUUGUUAAGUAAAAUAACUUUUGAGAGUCUUACCCCUACCUAGGUGUAUGGAUGGAGUCAUGAUGCAUGCCCUUCAGAGUGCUAUGGGUGACUGGAAUUGAGGGUCACUCAUGUCACACCCUUGAUACUGUCAGGACAAUGCUAGCUAACUGAUAUGAAAUGAAUAAAAUGAUUUAAAAACGUA